GAUUUGCUUCUAUAGCAUGUUGGUUAUGCGCUCAAUUUCCCCAAAUUAUAACAAAUUACCGUAACAAGUCCGUUGAUGGCCUUAGUUUAUACUUUUUAAUGAAUUGGCUAUUGGGUGACUUAGCUAAUCUUGUUGGCUGCAUACUGACAAAGCAAUUGCCAUUCCAGGUGUAUCUAGCAAUUUACUUCUGUUCAGUAGACUUUGGACUUUUUUUCCAAUACUUUUAUUACUCCUGGUUCUAUCCUCGACAAGAUGAUGAAUAUGUAUCGAUAGAACCAGAAGAUCAAAUUAAUCAAAGGUAUUCUAUGUCUUCACUAAGGAGUUCGAUAUUAGAAGAUCAUAAUGAUAAUACUCCUAAUGAUUCAAUAAACAGUGGUAUGCUCAUAGGCCGAACAAUGGCUUGGGCUUGUGCUGUGUUAUAUUUAACAAGCAGAAUGCCGCAAAUAUGGAAAAAUUAUACGAGAAGAUCUGUCGAAGGUCUUUCCAUAUUCAUGUUCAUAUUUGCUGCACUUGGCAACCUUACUUACACAUUGUACAUAUUCACAAAUCCCGAGGCAAUUAAAAAUCCCUCUUCUCUUCGUGAAGCUGUUCCUUAUAUACUGGGAUCUGUCG